AUGGUCGCCAAGGUUGUCGAGAAAAUGAGAACCAUCAUCACGGAAGUCAUUCUCAAAAAGGGGAAGAACGUGACCGAAAAUGCAGUCUACUACGACCUUGUCGGCCAGCGCGGGGACGAGAAUUCUGCCAAGGAGUCGGUCAAGAAGUAUGUCGACGGAUACUUGGACAAGCUUCAACAGGAGGCGCUGCCGGAGGCGACCAAGACAUUCAUGGCCAAAAUACAGAAAGCGGCGGGUAUUGGACGCAGAUAG